CAACAUGUAUUUGAGAAUAUACUGAUUGUAAUCUGUUAUGAUGUCCACAUAAAUAUAAUUUUUUAUUAUUUGCAGAUCGACGAUCAAAUCUGCCUACUGAUCAAUAGUUGGUGCGAGCUGCUGGUGCUGUCGUGCUGUUAUCGGGGAGUCAGUACUCCUGGGGAAGUAAGGGUGGGCGGUGAGAGAGGGAUCACGCUACAUCAGAGCGCUAAGUUGGGUCUAACGCCGUGUAUAGAACGCAUGUUGAGUUUCACAGACCAUUUGAGGAGAUUACGAGUGGAUCGCUACGAAUACGUCGCUUUGAAGGUCAUCGUAUUGCUCACAUCAGACGCGCCGGAGCUGCGCGAGGCGGAGAAGGUGCGCGCGUCGCAGGAGAAGGCGCUGGCGGCGCUGCAGGCCUACAUCGCCGCGCACUCGCCCGCCACGCCCGCCAAGUUCGGCGAGCUGCUGCUGCGCAUACCCGAGCUGCAGCGCACCUGCCAGUUUUUUAUGCAAGUGGGAAAGGAAAUGCUCAACCCUGCAAACAAAGGCAAAGAUGGAGACGGGCCGAGCUUCAAUCUUCUCAUGGAACUGUUGAGAGGAGAUCAUUAAACCUUGAAAAAUAGAGUAGUGCGAAGAAUAACUUUUUGUCACAAAGACAAGUUAAUUGGACUGGUAUCUGAUAUCCGCUUUACGUGAUUGGAAAUUAAGAAUUCGAAGGACCAAAAUAUUAAUAUGCUAUAAGGUGUCUUAUGCUGCAAAGAAUAAAGAACAAUUUCUUUCUCUAGGCUUUUAAGCAAAUCGAUUGCUAUAACAUAAAUAGUAAUAAACUGUUUUGGUCCGAAUGUCUUCGUGUAAAUUUCUAUAUAAAUUACAAAUCACUUUUUUUAAUGUACAAUACAUACAAAUUUAAUUUUGUAGUCAUCUCUUACGAUAACAAAUGAAUGCUCAAAAUUACAAUUAGUAAUGUCUACAAUGAUAAGAUUUUUCGUUGUAAGCAUGUUAGUGUUAUUCACAAGAAUAUUCUGAAACUCCCGUACAUAUUUUCCGUAGUCUAAUUAGAAUCACUUAUGCCAUGGCUUUUAACCUAACAAAUGUUUGUUUUAUACAAUAGAACCAUGUGACUAAACCAAUCUCUCUUUAUUGAUAAACAAAGUUUACAGUGUGUUAUUGAGCUAUCGAUUUUAAAUAAACAACGUGCAAUGGAAAUAUGGACUUGUAAUUAAUAGAAAAAUAUUGAAGUAAUAUUUAUUAUAUAUUGCCAAUUUCUCAUACAUUAUUAUUAGUAUAUUUUGCAUAUUUUAAUUAUCAAAAUAUUUUCAAAUUCCUAUUGAUACUUCCUAUAAAGUUUGCCAAUUCUGUAUAUACUGUGUGCAUUUAUCUUUGUA